GAGACAGACCAUCAUCACGUCACGUGUCCUAGCCUCAUCCAACGCAGGCUAGCAGCUAACUAGCUGAAGUUAGCUUGCCGUGCUAGGAUGUAGUGGAAGGAGCGUGUAAGGGAGGGGAAAAGAGACACAUAUGUCAUCAUUAUGGCACAUUCACGGAUGUCACAGGCGCUGCUCACCUGGCUGGUGCUGCGGAGAAGCUGUGAAGCUCUUUGGUGCAACUGCACCACAGCCCGGUGUGAGAAGACGGGCUUCCAGUGCGAGACGGACGGCGCCUGCAUGGCCUCCACCUCGUUCCUGGACGGCCAAGAGCAGCACCUUCGCACUUGCAUCACCAGAGACAAACUUGAGCCUCCGGGUCAGCCUUUCUACUGCCUCAGUGCAGAUGGCCUGGUCAACAUCCUGUGCUGCUACAGCGACUACUGCAACAGCAUGGACCUCAAAGUACCCUCCGUGACCACCCAGUCGGGCCCCGGGGGUGCUUCGGGCCCAGGUGGGUCGUGGGGGCCGGUGGAACUGGUGGCCGUGAUCGCGGGGCCGCUCCUGCUGCUUUGUUUACUGCUGCUGGUGGGCGUGUUCAUGUGUCAACACCAGCGCCGGGCCUGCGGGCACAGACAGAGGCUGGGGCUGGAAGAUCCCUCCUGCGACAAUCUUUACAUGCCGAACGACGGGACACUGCAAGACCUCAUUUACGACCUGUCCACAUCUGGUUCAGGCUCAGGUCUGCCUCUGUUCGUCCAAAGGACCGUCGCAAGAACAAUUGUCCUGCAAGACGUUAUCGGUAAGGGUCGUUUUGGCGAGGUGUGGCGAGGCCGUUGGAGGGGCGGUGAUGUGGCGGUGAAAAUCUUCUCGUCUCGAGAAGAGCGCUCCUGGUUCCGUGAGGCUGAGAUCUAUCAGACCAUCAUGAUACGACAUGAGAACAUCCUGGGUUUUAUCGCUGCCGACAACAAAGACAACGGCACGUGGACUCAGCUGUGGUUGGUGUCGGACUACCACGAGCACGGCUCCCUGUUUGACUACCUCAACCGCUACUCCGUCACGUCGGAAGGAAUGAUCAAACUGGCCCUGACAGCUGCCAGCGGCCUGGCACAUCUGCACAUGGAGAUACUCGGAACACAAGGAAAGCCUGGCAUCGCACACCGAGACUUAAAGUCCAAGAACAUCCUGGUGAAGAAGAACUGCACCUGUGCCAUCGCCGAUCUGGGUUUAGCGGUCCGUCACGACGCCAUCACAGACACCAUCGACAUGGCCCCCAACCAGCGAGUGGGAACCAGGAGGUACAUGGCCCCGGAGGUCCUGGACGAGAGCAUCAACAUGACGCACUUUGACUCCUUCAAGUGUGCCGACAUCUACGCUUUGGGGCUGGUCUACUGGGAGAUGGCACGGCGCUGCAACAGCGGAGGUAUCCACCAGGAGUAUCAGCUGCCAUACUACGACCUGGUGCCCUCCGACCCCUCGGUGGACGAGAUGAAGAAGGUGGUGUGCGAGCAAAAGAUACGACCCGACAUCUCCAACUGGUGGCAGAGCCAUGAGGCUCUGCGGGUUAUGGGCAAAAUAAUGAGGGAGUGCUGGUACGCCAACGGUGCUGCCCGACUGACCGCCCUGCGCAUCAAAAAGACCCUCUCCCAGCUGAGUGUCAAAGAAGACAUUAAAGUCUGACAAAGGACGCACGACAAACGUGUGCAAUGCUUUGCAAGGUUUUUCUAAAGCCUCUCCUGACAAACCCUACCUCGUUUACCCAGAAUACCUUUCCUGUCUAGUUCCUCUUCCUGCCGCACUACAAGCAUCCUGGGUCCCCCUCCCCCUGAUGACAGUGAAUGUAUUACAUUUCCGUGUUCACUGGCAGUCAUCUUUUUGUCAUUUUCCGAAGCGAAGAAUCCACUAGAAGAAUGAUGCUGCUGAGUCCGGUGGUUACCAUGGCAGCAGCAACAGUAAGGUGCUUUAAGAUCUCAAAGAGUUUUAAAGCAACCCGGUCCAACGAGAUUUAGCUCUUUGGACCAUUUGCAUGGAGCACUUUAGAUCUCAGGUGACCCUUCUUCAGGUCUUGGGAGUGUAGUGGAGACUCAGUACACACCCAGCAGGAAUAAUAGUAGUGAGACUAUCUUUGAUCACAUUGUUUUAAAUGUAAUCUCAGCACAUGCUUGUAUGACACCUUUGUUGGUGGAAUAUGUUACUUUCAACACUACAAUUCCCUGAAAUUGUUUCCCCCCCCAGAGAACCGACGCACUUUUGUCUUUCACUGUGUGUACUUUCAACAUGUAGUAUUUAUAUUUGUCUGACCUUGCGUGCGGAACUACUGAACUCACUGCACGGCCCAAGAAUGGUCUGUAAGAGAUGCUGAUAGAACACUAAUCUUGCUGAUCUAGUUCCGGAUAUAUACACUAGCGUUCAAAAGUUUGGGGUCACCCAAACAAUUUUGUGGAAUAGCCUUCAUUUCUAAGAACAAGAAUAGACUGUGGAGUUUCAGAUGAAAGUUCUCUUUUUCUGGCCAUUUUGAGCGUUUAAUUGAGCCCACAAAUGUGAUGCUCCAGAAAGUCAAUCUGCUCAAAGGAAGGUCAGUUUUGUAGCUUCUGUAACGAGCUAAAGUGUUUUCAGAUGUGUGAACAUGAUUGCACAAGGGUUUUCUAAUCAUCAAUUAGCCUUCUGAGCCAAUGAGCAAACACAUUGUACCAUUAGAACACUGGAGUGAUAGUUGCUGGAAAUGGGCCUCUAUACACCUAUGUAGAUAUUGCAGCAAAAAGCAGACAUUUGCAGCUAGAAUAGUCAUUUACCACAUUAGCAAUGUAUAGAGUGUAUUUCUGUAAAGUUAAGACUAGUUUAAAGUUAUCUUCAUUGAAAAGUACAGUGCUAUUCCUUCAAAAAUAAGGACAUUUACAUGUGACCCCAAACUUUUGAACGGUAGUGUACCUGUGAGACGGACCGGGAGCUUUAUGGCAAUAAUGAAAGACGAGGUGUUUGGUCCAAACCUGCUAUUUCAUGUAAAUCCACGUUGCCCUCAUGAGUGAAAUAUAAUGUGAGUCAAAGAAUAUUGUUGUC